CUUGUGAAAAGAAAAUAAAAAAGUGAGUGGCGGGGAGGACAGCGGUUUUGAUUGGUGAAGCCUUAUUCUUCCUUGAUUCGUAGUUCUAAGAGUUCCAGUGAAUUUCGACAGGAUGUUAAAUAAACUUGUCAACGUUUGAGAUGAACGGAAAUUAGGACCUACAGCAUGGAAAUAGUUGCUACCACUAGAUGUUGGAGCAGACCAGGCAUUACCGCCGGAUUUCACAUUCCGCCGGGAAGUUCCAUUUUGUCCGGUACAAAGGUCACUGGCAUCUUUCCGGCGAGGAAGAUUGCGCCUUCCAACCUAUACACAGGAUUUGGAGACAAUAUCAAAGCUUUUGCAAAUAACAACUCUGUUAAGAAAUUGAGAAGGAAUCGAGGAACGGGCAGUGGCGCAACUCUGCAGACUAAGAAGAAACCUUCGGAUGAGGAUAAUGGCUCGGCAGGUGUGUCACAAGAUGAUUUUAUUCGCGAUAGGGGAUCUUCUGGAGAUACUUUUCCUCCAAAGGUUACAAAAUCCAUCACUUCCCGAAGCGUUGUACUUCGGGCUUGCGCCAUCACUUCUGGGUUAAUACUUGCGUUGGGCGUAGCAAUUCGACAGGUAUCUCAUAUAGCAUCUCUGGAAGGAUGGCCAAUCCUUGACUGCUCUACAGAAGUGUCAUUUGAUUUUGAGAUGUGGCACCUUGAGUUGAUCGCUGGACUAGUGGUAUUGAUAUCAUCAUGUCGGUACCUACUGCUGAAGACAUGGGCAGAUUUUGCUGAGUCCAGUGAGGCAGCUAAUCAGCAAGUGCUCAGUGGACUGCAACCUCUGGAUUUCAUGGUUGUGGCAUUUCUGCCUGGGGUCAGUGAGGAGCUCCUUUUUCGUGGUGCACUGCUUCCUCUUUUUGGAUUCAGUCUGAAGAGUGCUUUGGCGGUUGCUGUCAUUUUUGGUCUUUUACACCUGAAUGGUGGCAGAAGAUAUCCAUUUGCCAUGUGGGUUUGCUUAUGGUUACUCAGCGAUUGUAUCUUCAAGCAUCAUAGUGCCAAUGGCAUCCCAUGCAUUGAACAAUCUUAUAGGAGGGAUUUUGUGGCGCUACACAUCCACGUCAGAAGAGAUGGACUGAUAUGUGAGACCGGUUAUGCUUCGUGGAUAUACUCGUACAGAUCCCAACAUGUAUUCAGGUGGGCUCGCCAUGAUAGUAAGUACGAAGGCAACAGUGGCAAAGCCUGGUGCAAGCUGCAAAUGCAGACAUAAAAUCAGAAAUGGCGUUGACUGGUACUAAUUCAUUUAAUUUUUCAAUAUAUUUUAUGUCAUUGAAGAGUCCGGCUUGAGCCUGCUAUUUUCAGCAUUCUUCCAUCACGUCCUAAUCAACAACUAGGUUGACCGCAAGCCCCAACAGUCAAUACAUUUGGGAAAUUAACAAAUGAAAUCCGAGGUGGAGUGGACUAUAAAAAGGCCAAAAGAAAAAAAAAAUGAUCAAGGAAAAUCAUAGGCAAUGGUAACUUUUAACUGCUCCUCUGGGUUAUGCUGGAGAUGGGAAAAGAAAUCUCAGGAUUGUUUGCUUACCUACAAUUUACUUCUCAAUAGCUACUUUUGGUAAUUUCUCAUAGUUGAUCAGCAUGAAGAGGAGCAUUGGCAGUUGCAUGACCCACGAUGGGAGACAUGGCAAUCAGCAGAACAAGCACACAGAUCAUUGGUGGUCUCAUGGUAACAGGGGAGUGGGAAGCCUCUGCUUAAGCAGCUAGGCUUAAUUGUCUUUCCAUAGCCCUGCUUCCAGUUAGAUUAAUAAUAGAGAAGUGAAAACUCAUGUUUGACACCUCUUUAAUGCAAUCUUUGCAUCCUACCUGCAACUGCAAGUUUUGGUUCUACGUUGGUCAACCUCAACACCUGAAAAAACCACUCUCUUUGUUAGUGAGUGGUUUAGUCCCACUGUCCCACCCAAUAUUGAUUUGGACUGGCUUCAUCAGAAGAGCUGAUCGAGUCAUAGAAGUAACAAGUUUUAAAAUUUGAGAGGCCCGUAGAGACAUUCCUAACAUCCCAUUCUCCUACCCAAUCUGGGUUUGCAUUUGCCUCUCAGAUAGUGCUGAGUGCCCUUUUUGCACAACAAAAAAGGAUAGGUAGGAUUGUACCAUUAAUAAUUUUUGAAUGGGACAAACAGAGUCAAUCAGUGAUAAGACAAUGAAUUCCAUUUAAUGUCUUUUUACUUGUAUAACCAAGACGUUCUUUUCCAUUAAUUAGUGUUACACAGGAGAACUAAUUCACACCUGCAAGCCCAGGCUCCUCCUAGCAGCACUUCACACAGAGUGGUGGUUGUUGCUCAAUGUCACAGUAACAGCAAGCUUCUUCACAGUUGCUGCUGCAUCCUAGCACAAGAAGAAAGACAACUCUAAGCAAUUUCUUUCUAAUGCGUCACCCUCACGUACUGCAGGAAAAGAGCAGUAGAUGAUGUAUAUUCUUUUCUUAUUUAAAAAAUAAAUAAAUAAAAGGUGCUUAUCUCUUUGCUCGGUCAAGGAACAAUCAGGCAAUAACUCGGCACCAUCUGAUUGAAAAUCGAAAAAAGGAGAAAGAUUUCCAACAGCGGUGUCUAAAGGAGCAUUCUAGUUAUAUUACCUGUUACAGUAAUGUACGACGAUGGUUCAAGGUCUCGUGGGUUGACGAGAAAUGGAAGGCGAGAUCCAGCCAGAACAACAUCUGUUUGUGACUGAAUGAUAAAGAUGACAAAAAACAAAGACAGAACUGCUGAUAACGACUUAAUCAUGACUUAAGCACGUUAGCUAGUUAGAUGAAUUAGCUGCUCUGUAGUUUCACAUCUCGUCCCUCCACCCAUGCUUCUACUUGUAUGGGAUAUCGCUUGUUUACUGUUAGGGUGUAGGAGUCGAGUAGUUGUUAUAACUCAAUUUGUAUCACAAGAGAGUAGUUGCUAUAAAUUACUAUUAUCAUUUUUA